CUUCCCAACCCCCUCUCCUGUCUACUUCCCCAUUCCCCUCUUCCCUCCCUUUUCCUCCCUCCCCACCCCUCUCUUGUACCCAUUGUGAUUCAAGGCUAAAACAGAGGUCCAAGACCUAGAGAAAAAAUAAAGCAAACCCCAUCCUGUUUGCCUCUUUCCCCUCUCCCACAAACUCUCCUGAAGCCGAGUGCGCAGAUCUAGGAUAAUGAAGCUGUAGAAUCAGCCCAGAGCAAGCAAGUGGGACAGGUGCUGAGACACUUCUGAACGGACUGAGACAAUGGCCGCUCAGGGAGAGCCUCCGGUCCAAUUCAAGCUUGUCCUCGUGGGUGAUGGUGGUACUGGGAAGACUACAUUUGUAAAACGUCACUUGACUGGUGAGUUUGAAAAGAAGUAUGUGGCCACCCUGGGUGUAGAGGUACAUCCCCUGAUGUUCCACACCAGCAGAGGGCCCAUCAAGUUCAACGUCUGGGACACCGCUGGUCAGGAGAAGUUUGGGGGCCUGCGAGACGGCUAUUACAUUCAAGCCCAGAGUGCCAUUAUAAUGUUUGAUGUAACUUCAAGAGUCACUUACAAGAAUGUGCCCAACUGGCAUAGAGAUCUGGUACGGGUGUGUGAAAACAUCCCCAUUGUGCUGUGUGGCAACAAAGUGGAUGUCAAAGACAGGAAGGUGAAGGCGAAAUCUAUUGUCUUCCACCGCAAAAAGAACCUUCAGUAUUACGACAUUUCUGCUAAAAGCAACUACAACUUUGAGAAGCCUUUCCUCUGGCUCUCCAGAAGACUUAUCGGAGACCCUAACUUGGAGUUUGUUGCCAUGCCGGCUCUAGCCCCACCUGAGGUGGUCAUGGAUCCAGAGUUGGCAGUGCAAUAUGAACGUGACUUGGAGGUGGCACAGACCACUGCCCUCCCGGAUGAGGAGGACGACCUGUAAGAAAGCGAAACUCUGAAGAUAUCAGCAGCCUAGAUGUGCAGGCAACUGGCCUGUGAUGUCAGCAGUGUGGCCUGUGUGUCACCUUGCUACCUAGUUAAGCAGACUCGUGCUCUGUGUCUGAGACGCUGAGGGAAAGGGUUCAGGGUGAAUGUGGCAGUUACAAAACACACCUGCAGUUUGGGACUUGUAGACUUAGCUGUCUGUGGUGCAAUUGUUUCUUCCCUGAAAUUCAAAACUGAGUGUUCUGCAUCACAUCCCGGAUUCUGUGGCAAAAUCUCACUGUAAUUUCGUUCCUUUCAUUUAGAAUAAAGUUGCAUUUCAAACCCAAAA